UUCGCCCUCUUUUCCCGCGUAUAGCACAACAUGCUCGUUACCAAGCAGAACAGAAAGGCCAUUUACGAGACGCUCUUCAAGGACGGUGCCGUCGUCGCUGCCAAGGACUUUGACCUCCCCAAGCACCCCGAUAUCGAUGUCCCCAACCUUGAGGUUAUCAAGAUGAUGCAGUCUUUGACCUCCAAGGGUUUCGUCAAGACCCAGUUCUCGUGGCAGUACUACUACUACACCCUCACCGAUGAGGGUAUUGACUACCUCCGUGAAUACCUUCACUUGCCCCAGGAGAUUGUUCCUGCUACCUUGAAGAAGUCUGCUCGUCCCGCCGCUCCCCGUCGUGCCUUCGGUGAGGGUCGUGAGGGUGGCCGUGGUCCCCGUGGUGAUCGUGAUGACUACCGUCGCAAGGAAGGUGCCAGCGGUGACUUCAAGCCUGAGUUCCGUGGUGGUUUCGGUCGUGGCCGUCGCGAGUAAACAAAAAACCAACAAUAAAAAAGGCUACAUUCCAUCAACCUUAUCGUAUUGUGUGUAGAUAUACAAAACAAAGUGCUUUAUAUAUAAACAAAUGAUAGGCGCCACAAUAUUAGUUGGAUACUAUUUAACCAAACUAUUACUAUUAUUACUACUCACUGUUGCCAUUGUGGCACUACUACUGCUAUUUACCAACAUAUUUUAUUAUUAUGAUCAUGACCGUUCAUACAUUAAUUGAGGGGAAAAAGGAUUGACAUAAAGUAUGUGGCUCACUAAUCAUACUUACCAGUUCAGUUCAUUAUCUUGUAUACAACGGUUGCACAACAUGCUUGUGGAGUGGCAACUAUCUUGUCCAACUGUCAAACUUGUCUUUUUCUAUGUGCAGCCCCAACAAAUGUUUUCG